AUGGGCACUGUGAUGCACAUAGGUCGCUUACUUUACCUUCCUUUCGAGUUAAGGGAGAUGAUCUGGGGCUUUUCAGCCUCGACCGGAGAUGCAAAUGGACUAUUGAGAUGUUGCCGUCAAACCAGAGACGAAUUCUCUCCUUACUGUCAGCUCCCUGACAACAUCAACGAACUUCACAAGCCCAAGAUCCUGGUAGACUCAACGUAUGACCAUGGAAUUUGGCUCAAUUUUGAUUACUACUGGAAGCAAAAUGGUCACAUUCGCCACGCUGUGAUCGCCAUCCAGAAUAUGAGCGAUCCCAUGGUUCUGGGUCUUGGCAGGAUGAGGAAUAUUGACGAUAGCGUCGUGGUACUACGCGCCCCAAGACGAGGUCACUUUGUCGGGGCGUUUAUGAUGGUGUUUGCCAAGAUGGACGAUGUCUACACUCACAUCCUCAAUAGGUCACGGUUUCGCAAAAACAAGGGGUGGCCCCCAGACGCCAAAAUCACUAUUCAUUUUACUACUGAAGGUGUACAAUCCAGCCAGUCAACGAGAGAAGCAAAGAACUUUUGGGAGUGCUGA